UUUCUGGAAACAUCGAUGUUAGUUUCAGCUCUACUUCAAAUUGCAGCCACAAGAAAUAUAUUGCCCUCCCCCGAAAAGGAAAUAAAUAGGAAUUGUGAGCUUGAACCUUAAAAUAAAUAUAACUAAGUAAAUCACCGUUUGGAAUCCCGCGCUUUUUUACCGUUCCAGAGAAACCAGCAACAACCAAACCCGGUAGACUAGUAUUGUCUAAUAAUUACGCAAAAAUUCCAUCACCCACACACUCGCACAGACGCACGAGCUGCAAAAAGAAACGGAAAGUGAAGUAAAAUACAUAGAGAAGGAAAAAAAAAAGAGCGCAAAAAUGACUUCCGAUAUCGCCAUGCAACUGAUUGCCAUUUUGGAGAAGACGGUGUCGCCAGAUAAAAAUGAAUUGCUAUCGGCGAAGAACUUCCUUGAGCAGGCGGCGGCCAGCAAUCUGCCCGAAUUUCUCAAGGCGCUGUCGGAGAUCCUGGUGAACACGACAAACAGCGCGGUGGCACGAAUGGCAGCCGGACUCCAGCUGAAGAACCACCUGACCAGCAAGGAUGAGAAGAUCAGCCAACAGUACCAGGAGCGCUGGCACCAAUUUCCUAGCGAAAUCCGCGAGUUGAUCAAGAACAACAUCCUGGCAGCUUUGGGUACCGAAAACACGCGACCCUCUUGCGCUGCCCAGUGCGUAGCCUAUGUGGCCGUGAUUGAGCUUCCAAUGAACCGCUGGGCAAUGCUCAUCCAGACACUGGUUAACAAGGUGGUCAGCGAAGGAUCCAGCGAGAUGCAUCGCGAGGCGGCUUUGGAGGCAAUUGGCUACAUCUGCCAGGACAUUCGCUUCGGCGUUCUGGAGAACCAGUCCAACGAUGUGCUUACUGCUAUUAUCCACGGCAUGAGGAAGGUCGAGCCGAGCAAUCAUGUUCGCUUGGCGGCUACCACGGCACUUCACAACUCGCUUGAGUUCACCAAGUCGAACUUUGAGAAGGACAUGGAGCGCAACUUCAUCAUGGAGGUGGUGUGCGAGGCCACUCAGUGCCAGGACUCGCAAAUCUGUGUGGCCGCUCUCCAGUGUCUGGUGAAGGUUAUGACCCUAUACUACCAGUUCAUGGAGCCGUACAUGGCACAGGCUCUCUUCCCGAUCACUUUGGCAGCUAUGAAGGCGGAAAACGAUGCCGUGGCUCUGCAGGGCAUAGAGUUCUGGUCGAACGUCUGUGACGAGGAGAUCGAUCUGGCCAUCGAGAGUCAGGAGGCCACCGAUCAAGGCAGGGCUCCGCAGCGGGUAUCCAAACACUAUGCCCGUGGAGCUCUGCAGUUCCUGACGCCCGUGCUCGUCGAGAAGCUGACCAAGCAGGACGAGUGUGACGACGAGGACACCUGGAGCCCGGCAAAGGCCUCCUCCGUCUGCCUCAUGGUGCUGGCCACCUGUUGCGAGGAUGAGAUCGUGCCACAUGUGUUGCCCUUCAUUAAGGAGAACAUCGAGUCACCCAAUUGGCGAUUCCGUGAUGCCGCUGUAAUGACCUUUGGCUCAGUGCUGAAUGGAUUGGAGACCAACACUCUGAAGCCGCUCGUGGAACAGGCCAUGCCCACGCUCAUCCGGCUGAUGUACGAUUCGAGCGUUAUUGUGCGCGACACCACCGCCUGGACUUUCGGUCGAAUCUGCGAUAUCAUUCCCGAGGCUGCUAUCAACAAGACCUAUCUCCAGACUUUGCUGGAGUGCUUCGUGAAGAGCUUAAAGUCGGAGCCACGGGUGGCUGCCAAUGUGUGCUGGGCCUUCAUCGGUCUUUCAGAUGCCGCCUACGAGGCAGCGGUCACCACCGAGGGCGAGACCCCGGAGACCUAUGCCCUGUCGCCGUACUUUGAGUACAUUAUCACCCAGUUGCUGGAGACAACCGAUCGAUCGGAUGGAGCCCAGGCCAAUUUGCGGGGAGCUGCCUAUGAAGCACUCAUGGAUAUGAUUAAGAACUCGCCCCUGGACUGCUAUUUGGUGGUGCAGCGCACCACUCUGGUGAUUUUAGAGCGUUUGAACCAGGUGAUGCAGAUGGAGACACAGAUUAACAACCACAGCGAUCGGCAUCAGUUCAACGAUCUGCAAUCUCUCUUGUGCGCCACUCUGCAAAGUGUUUUGAGAAAGGUCCAUGAACAGGAUGCCCCUCAAAUCUCUGAUGCCAUCAUGACCGCCCUGCUGACAAUGUUUAACUCGAGCGCUGGAAAGUCGGGUGGUGUGCAGGAGGAUGCCUUCCUGGCAGUUUCCACACUGGUUGAACUUCUGGGAGGGCAGUUCGCCAAGUACAUGCCCGCUUUCAAGGACUUCCUCGUUAUGGGAUUGAAGAAUCACCAGGAGUACCAGGUCUGCUGCGCUUCGGUCGGUCUCACCGGCGACAUUUUCCGCGCCCUUAAGGACCACAUGGUGCCCUACUCCGACGAGAUAAUGUCCGUAUUGAUGAACAACCUGGCCGAACCGAGUCUACAUCGCAGCGUCAAGCCUCAGAUCCUGUCCGCUUUCGGGGACAUAGCUUUGAGCAUUGGCAACCACUUCCUGAAAUAUCUGAGCGUGGUCCUAGAAAUGCUGCGUGCUGCGUCCAAUCUUCAGACGGACGCCAACAACUUCGAUAUGAACGAAUACAUCAACGAGCUGCGUGAGAGUGUCUUGGAGGCCUACACUGGCAUCAUCCAGGGCCUUAAGGGCCUGGACCAGACGGCUCAUCCCGACGUGAUGCACAUGGAGCCCCACCUUAUUCACAUCAUUUCCUUCAUUAAGCGCAUCGCCCAGGAGGGUGACGUGUCCGAUUCGAUGAUGGCCAGUGCUGCCGGUUUCAUCGGCGAUCUGUGCACCUCCUUCGGACCGCGUCUUUACCCGCUGCUGGACGAUGCCAUCAUUACCCACUUCCUCGCCGAGGGCAAGCGCUCCAAAGGGCAGCGCACCAAGAUGCUGUGCACCUGGGCUGUCAAGGAGAUCAAGAAGAUCAAUAGCCAGGUCAUCACGCAGUAGAUUGCCUGCUAAAGGUUAAUGUUUCCCUGCUUCCCACCAGACCCUCAAGAUUGUAUGUAAUGCAGCCAAACUGUCCAGUCCGAAUUCUCUGAUUACAAGAUUCUAUCUGCUAAGUUUGUUUGUCCGAUAUAUUGUUGCUGUGCAACUAGUAAAUGCUAAGACAAAUUGUUUAUAAAACCCCACUAGCUGUAAGCUCAAACCGAACCUCUGUUUCGACCUAAUAUCUUAAUUAAGGCCUGUUAAUCAUCGUGUGAGUUUAUUUACCCCUUUUCCAUUGUCCUCGCUCGGUAAUGCAAAUCCAAAAUCAGGCUGCCCAUUGACUAAAACACAAAAUUUAUAAUUAUCGCUGCAUGUUAUUAUGACACUUAUAAGAAAACGGCUUUAAGGGCAGCCUUGUUUUGGUAUUGCCCCGAAAUCCGGCGAUUUAGAAGCCCGAUUUUAAGCUUAACCAAAAACCUAUCGAAAGCUGUUAUACAAAAUUAUGUAAAAUUUAAAUUUAUUUGUAAAAAUCGGUAGUAAACUAUUGCGUUAACAAGUAAAACACAUUAAAUGCAUUGCACCCCUUUGGAAACAUUAACUAGUAGCGGCUGUAAGAACCACACCUUAGUUUAUAAGAAUUAAUGUAUCUAUCCUACUACACCCUCACUAGCCCAACAAAAAAUAUAUAAAACAAGAAUGAAUGUCUUGAGUGUGAACCGAAUGUGAUGGAGUGAAACAUAUGGCUGAGAGCGAGUAUGUAUUAUCUGAUAAAUAAAAGUUUUGCGUGCCUGUUGUCCGACAAUUUUACCCCCUAUGCCAAUAGUUAUGCUGUGAUGAUGAAUGCUUGUGAGAAACUCUGUAAAUGGUAUUUUGUGAUUGAGAAAACCCCACGAAAAUGUAUGAAACUGGAUGAAUAUGUCCUUUUUCUUUGGCGCGCGUGUGCAUCGGCGUGUUGUGUGAUAUUAUGAAUUAAGAGUACGAACUUUUCUAGUGAAACGAAACGAAUGUUUUUAGAUGUAAGCAAAACAGCAAAUCAAAAAGAUUUUAAACGGAUUUGAAUUUAAAUUUACAAGCAAACGAAACGAAACUAAAUGUGAAAAACUCAAAGACGACUGAAAAAAACCAACCUAGCAACUAAAAAACGAAUUACGAAAUGACUUAGGGACGUACAAAGGCGCGGGCGUGGCUGUUUCAAAAAACCAUCUUCAACAAAAACAUGCACUAAACCAGAUAAAACAGCAAACAAAAUCCAGAAUAGAAAUCAAUAUUUUAGACCAGCCACACUCGAAGCCCACAAAAGCACGAAAUUAUGAAAUUAUUUUAUUUUUUAUGUAUACGAUUUAGAGUGCUCUUAUCAAUUCCACCAAUGACGCUUUAUUUUGCCUCUCUUAUUUUAUUUUUUAUUUAAAUGAAAACGGGGAAAAUAGCAACGAGAAACAUGCAAAAACAGCAAAACAACAACCAAGCAACUACCUGCAGCACACAAAACACAUGUGUAAUUAAUAUAUAUAUUAGGUAAACGCAAGAUACUAAAACUAAAUACGCAACGGACCAGGGUAUACAACAAAAAAUACAAAAUAAACCACAAGUGUUCUAGAAAUAUCUCUAGUAACUUGAAAUCUCGACCAAAUGUAUUGAAAGUAUAUAUUUAACAGAUUUGAAAUCGCUACAAAUGUUUCUGGAACCCUUGAAGUUCAUAAUUUACAUAGAAAUAUAGAACGCGCAUAAAGACACUUACAUGACAGCUUGAUAGGACAAAACAACGACACAUACUUCAUUUAGUUACUUUAUCAUAUACAAACCAUACAAAAAAACAUAACCAGAAACUACCUUACGAAAAAGACGCGACUGUGAACGAUGAAAAGUAAAUAGGGGAUUAAAAUAAAGUCGAAACUAACCGUUUAAAAUCUUUUCACAACAUUUAAAUACACUAAGAACAAGUGAAUACUGGAAUGAAGUGAACUAUUGUGAACUACUGUAGAUAUAAGCGCACAUAUAAUACGAAUACUAUACACAGAUUUCCAAAUUGUAAACCAGAACGAGAAUUUGUUUAACAAAGCUUAAAAACCAACCGAUUUUGAACUUUUUUCAAUGAAUUCUUAGGCUCGAGAAGUUGUCAUUUCAAAAAUAAAAAUCUUUCAUUGGUAAUAUCUGUCUCGUUUUGCAAUAAAAUAUCGCACAGCCGUCCAACAGAAAGAAGAAACUAUUUAAAGAGAAAUUAACGAUUGUUUUAUCAGAUUUGAACAUAUCAAAAUUUUGAAUUUUGAAAUGACAACUUACGUAAAAGCACCCCUAAAGGACACACGAAAUUGCCAAAAUUAACUAGAUAAACACUAAUAUUAGCUAUGAAUGACCGUAUGCGGAUGAUAAAGAUGAAUGACUCUGAAUCGUUGGAAGAUCGAAAGCUGAGCAACGCCAAGAGGAACAUGAACGUUUAUGGCUGUGGUAUUCAAAAUGUGUGUUGAUUGAGUAUGAUGCCUGGUGCUGAUUAUUAAGAUGAUGACACUGGUGCAUUGAAUGAUGAUGAUGAAUUAUGUGAUGAUUGUCAAUGGUUGUUUAUGAGAGUGACUGAUGAUGGGCAGGAGUAUAUCUAGAAGAAAUCACCAACAAACUAAUACUCGUCACUCAGAUCAUUUAGCACAAAUUUCUACCUUUUAUACAUACUUACACUUCCCACUUUUAUAAACAGUAGGAGUGCGUGAAAACUGUGACUGAGUAAAUUUGUAUGUAACCAUUCCAAAAAAAUAUAACAAAAAUCAUUAAAA